AUGCUCACACCUUUAGCGCUUCUUGACGAGGUGGUUGCUGCCAAGAUUGAGUCACCGUAUCGCCCCCCGCUCAACCUACAAUACCAGGACCGCCAUUAUUCAGCGUUUAUUCACUCGGGUCGUACCAGUCGGCUCCCUGAAUUUGAGGCGGAGAUGGACCUGGUCGAGUCUACAGCGCUGGGCCAAACAGAGCACUCUACACGCCCACCGAUCGCCCCGACGGGGAUGACGGACGCCACGCAGCAGGCUGCACCUAUGUCCGUUUCCGCCAUACUCUGUCCCGCUCCACUAGAAUCGGACCACUUUGCAGCCACCGACGGUGACACUUGCACAUACCAUUUCCAGGUGCUCGUGGUCGUUGAGCACAGGCUUGUGCUUCCUGAACUCCCACUCACGCACCCGCUUGGACCACGGCUAACCCCACCGCCAGAUCACAAACGAGGGAUAAGCACAUCACCAGAAGAAGACCAGUCAACGGGGGAGAUUGUGCCGUACCAGCCCGAAACGACGGUCCACAAAAAAGGCCGCGUCGGGGUCGCACCUCCGACGAUAAUCACAGAUGACGUGGACUACUACCGUAUCGAUCGAGGGGAUUGGGCCUCGGCGUGGAAGCGGUUGAUAUCGCACUAG